UGAAGUUCGAAGCUGAAACCAACCUAGUAACUUAACAUUCUAACCAAAGAUUUGGGGCUUCUUAUAAAGAUGGCUUUGAACUCCUUUAGAAGCCGAAUGGGGCCCAAACUUAUCAACAGCACCCUUCGGAGAUGUUUGUCGUCCAGUGUGGACGAGCUGGAACGCCAGUGCAAGAUCUUUGCUUUUGAGAAAAACCGACAACAGGAAGCAGUGGGCCGGGUGGAGAAAAUAGAGGUCCAGCACGAGAACGACGUUUUUGUAAUGAACAGGAACAUUUCCACCCCCUUUGACUGUGCCAAACAUUUGGGCGAAAUGGUCCGGGAGCGGUCUGUGGUGGGGCUGCUGAACGGCAAAACCCUGUGGCACAUGCACAAGCCCCUUCCAGACUCCUGCGUGCUAGAAUUGCUGCAUCACCAUGUUCCGAACCCCCAGGUGGUUAAUAAAGUGUUCUGGAGAACCUGCAGCUUUUUGCUGGGCGCUGUUGUGUCGCAGGCGUUCAAAGACAAUGUGCAGGUUCACCUGCAUAGUUUCCCUAGCCCUAACGUGAAAUCCGGCAGCUUUAUCUACGACGUGCAACUGGGUUUGAGCAACUGGGAACCCACCGUGGCCGAGCUCAAGGUGCUCUCUUUGGAAUUCAUCAAAUUUUGCCAGAAAGAGCAACCGAUCGAAUGUCUGGACGUGGACAGGAACACGGCUCUGGAAAUAUUCGAAAACAAUCCGCACAAAUCGCAGCAAAUUCCCGACAUUGCCGCUCACAACUCGAACAAAGUGACGCUGUUUAAGGUGGGGUCUCACAUCGACAUCAGUCGAGGUCCCAUGCUGCCCAACACCAACCAAAUGGGGCGGGUCACCGUGACCAACGCUAUCAAGCUGGAUACGGACAUUAAGGAGCCGAUCUAUCGGUUCCAGGGCGUCGCAUUACCUCGAUCCAUUCGCAUCAAUCACUUCGCCUACAGUCUGAUUGAGGAUAGGGGCAGGAUUCUGAAUUCAGGUAGGAUUCCAAGCGAGCAGGGUACCUUUAAUGAAGAUAACACCUUCGUAGCGCACCUUAACCAAUGAAACUGUUAAUUAUAAGUUUUAGCAUCUCACAUUCGUGUAAAUAUAAGUAUCGUCUGCCUUAA